AUGUCUAGCCUUGAAUCACAUCGAAUCAAAAUAAACUGCGUCCAAAUGGAGCAACCGGAAGAGGCAAUCCCGUUACGGAGUACUCGGAAGGAGCAGUUAACAAGAGAAUGUAUUAAGGAGAUCUUCAACCGUUACGAUCGGGAUGGCAACGGUCGUAUUUCCAUCACAGAGCUGAAGACACUGGUCAGGAGCGGUGAAUGUAGUGAUCUGCCGGAAGGUUUUGUGAAACGGUUGAUGAAAACAUCCGACACCAACAACGAUGGACAGUUGGACUUUGAAGAAUUUUCCAGGAUGGCUCAGAAGCACCAGUACCUGUUUAAGAAUCUCUGCGUUCGAUACUGUCGAUUGGUUGUACCCGGUAGGAGUCGUAUAGAACCGGAUUCAGAGUAUGAGCAAAGUAUGUCCCUCUGGCCUCCUCCCUUGACGAUGUUGGUGUUUUCGGUGGUACAAGUCAUAAGUUUUGUUGUGGACAUUAUUUACACGGACGACGGUCAGAUGGGAAUGAGCACAAAUGGACCAAUGGCUACCAUCUCUAUCUACAAUCCUCAAGUUAGGCAACAGUUUUGGCGGUUUGCAACCUACAUGUUUGUCCACGUUGGAUUGACGCAUAUCACCGUGAAUUUGCUGGUGCAGAUCUUUCUUGGAGUAGCUCUGGAGGUAGUUCAUUUUUGGUGGCGAGUUGCCCUGGUGUAUUUUGCUGGAGUUCUAGCCGGUUCGAUGGGAUCUUCAAUUUAUCAACCGAGGCUGUUUCUGGCCGGAGCAUCUGGAGGAGUUUAUGCUCUCUUAGCUGCUCAUUUAGCUUCGAUAGUUCUCAACUGGAAGCAAAUGGAGUACGCAGUCGUGCAGUUGUUUGUGAUCUUCGUGUUGUGUGUGUUCGAUGUGGGUUCAUCGAUCCAUAACAGUCUCCUAGAUCCAUUAGACAGGGUAAGUCACAUAGCUCAUGCCAGUGGUGCGGUAGCCGGAUUCCUGGUGGGCAUCGGAGUGUUCCGGAAUCUACAAGUUGACCCAUGGGAGCGAAAAUUGUGGUGGUGUGCUGUUGUCGCAUACUCGUGUUUGAUGAUGGCAGGGAUUCUCUACCACAUAUUUGCUCCUCAACAUUUUUACCCAUAUUAUUCGUGAUGUCUUAUACCUUUAUUUUAUUAUCUACUAUUAAAUGCAUAAUAAACCUUAAAAAAUAUUCAUUCUCGUCACUUCUCGUCAAGUUCUUAUGAAUAUUUUGUGUAAAGUUUAAUAAAAUAUGAAAUGGAUUGUUGGAUCA